AUUACUGAGGCAGAAACAGUUAGCAUGAAGGAGGAGCCUCACAAUGAGAGGGCAAAGACACAAACCCCAAGUCAGGACUCUCUGGUCACGAAAGAGGAGACCCGGAGCGUGAAUGAAAGGAUAGAGAGAGUGGAGAAGAGUAUUGCGAGAGUGGAGGAGAAAAUAGAACGAAUGGAGCAGAUGGUGAGACAGUGGGACUCCACCCUGAAAGACAUUAAAGAGAUGCUUCUGACGAAUCUCAGCAAAGGGAGGGUAGAGCCAGAGAUGCAAGCAGGAAAGGUACCUGCGACGGGGAAACAGAAGGAGGAGAAAGGGAAAGAAAUGGAGGCACAGAAAGAAGAAAGGUUGAAGAAGAAAAAUCUGGAGGAGCCAAAAAUCAUAGUGGAGAAAGACAAUGAAUGUCAUAGGGAGGACAAAAGGAGCAAUUGCAAGGAAGACAGAAGUAAAGUGGAGGAGAAUAGGGAAAAGAAGAAAAGCUUUUGCUUUUGGAAGACCUUGAAGGGGAAGUGGCAAAGGAAGGGGACAGAUGUAACAGAGGAGAAGAGGAAAAAAGAGGAGAAAAAGCUACAUAAAUCAAAGAUGGCUGCUGCAUUUCUGCAAACCCAGGCUGCGGAUUUAGUGGACAUCCACAUUGUGUCUGGGGAUCCAGUACAGGUCAUUCAGUAUCUGGAGAGGUCAAACAGGACAGCUGGUCCCCUGACAGAGAGGCUGGAUACUGACAGCUUGUCUGUCAUCGAGCAUGUGAACCCCCUCACCUGCGGUUCUGUGGAGGGAUAAGAACACAAGGAUGCAGCUGCUUGUCCCUGAGGGGGCACCUUCUUCAUAAAACUAGGGCAUGGCCUCUAACGUCAGAAUCACUGAGUGCUUUCACAUGUGCUGUAGUACUUCCUGUUGUGCUUAGUGUAGCACUCCCAGGAAAUGGCAUGCAGUGAUAGGCUCUGUGGUCACAACAACUGCAACAGAAUGCUGUAGUCUGUGUGCUCAUUACAAGAGAUCUACUAUCAGCUUUCCAUGCCACUCUUUGGUUUCUUUCUUGAGCUCCCCGAGUCAGCCAGAUGAAUCAUUGUAAAGUAUGCUCCAAUUAUGAUGCAGCUACGUUCCAGUUAUUCAAGGCUAGGCAAAAGAAAGCAGUUUGUCAUUGUAUAUAGCAAGCCAAUGCGUAUUCUGGCCAAAUCUUAUCUCUGGAAUGCUGCUGUAUAAAUUGAAUGUCU